GCAAAGGUGCGCUAUAUUUAGAGAAAGGUUUGUUGUUUUCAGACAGACAGUGGGAGACGCUCACCAAUGGCACGUAGACCGCCGGGACAGCCCGGUAGACUAGUCUGCUGGUUCAGAGAUCUUCUAAGAGGGAAAAGCGUGGAUCAGUAUCCGUGGUUCUACAAGAAAGGUUCCAUAUCCAGCCGGUUCGUAGAGAAGCCCAAUCUUCCACCUGGCGUGGCUCACAAACUGGACAACAACCACUACUGCCAAAGAGACCCGAGAAGGGAAGUGGCACCACCUGUGGUAACAGGUAGCCAGGCUUUACUGCGCGAGGCACACGAAAAUGUCACCAGCGAAGAGGUGGCGUUUCCUCAGAUAACCACGCCCCCUGUACCGGGAGUAGGUCACAGAUGGAGAUUCACUGAGGAGUAAACACCAGUGACUGUCCUUAUAGCUGUAGGAGUCGUCUAUUGUCUAUUGUGAAAACUGUAUCAUUAUUAUCAUUAACAACCAUGUGUAUAGUAAAACACAAGGUAGACAAGAAAAGUAGGAAAGAGCAAGAGAAAGAUUGUUCAAAUUCUGUAGUUUAAAAUGUCACGAUUCGUCAGAAACAAACACGAAACGUGGAAUAUUAUAAUUAUAUCAUGCGCAGUUUGUUAAGCGACAAAUGAUGUUUCUUCCUGUUCGUUGGCUGGUGGGGAGACUGUUGUUGUCCCCACCCCCCGAUCCUCGGUCCCUUGGUGGUGGGAGUAAGGGGUCUGUGAGGAAUAGAGGUCUCCUCCUGGUAGAGACUGGGGUCCAGUCGAUUGGUUUGUCAGCACCAGUGGACGUGACGGUGAAGGAAAGUACUGACUGAACUCCUCGUCUGCAAAUCGUACCACUUUCUGGGAGGGUGUUGUGUCGGCACUUAAUGUGGCUCUGUCCACUGCAUAGGCACUUCGUCUGGUAGUUCUGAUGUAGCAGCAGCCACAAACUCCGACUAGGGAAAGGAUGGUGACCACCAGUAAAAUAAAGAUCAGAACACCAGCCACAAUGCCGGCAAACUCAGGUCUUGACAGAGCCCCAUUGACUGACACAGUCACUGAUGCAUUGGCAGAGAAAUCCUCGUCGCUUGCCAAGACCUGAAGCUGAAAAUGAGAACCUGCUGAGGAUGGGAUGUAAUCCCUGAUUCUGAUGUCACCGGUGAGCGAAUCAACCGUGAAAUACGAGGAGUCGUCGAUUACGUAAGUUAUGUUGCUUCCAGCGUCAAUAUCCUCAUCUUCUGCUUCCACUCUGCCCACAGUGUGACCAGAUGGCGAGCUACGAUCGACGGUGAAUUUGUAGCGAUCCUCCAGGAACCUCGGAGGAUUAUCGUUGACUGG